CUUGGAGCCCGGAAGGUCUGGGGAGGAGCGGAGGGGAGGGGGGAGGGGAGGGUUUAUCUGGCGGUGGAGUGAGCAGGCUAGAGGGUUGCGGCACUGGGACCUGAGCAGGGCCGUCGCGCUGCAGAUCUGGGCACAUCCCUGCAGACAUGCAGCAGCGCAGGCUGGACGUGCCCCUGGGCCUCGUCCCUGCUCGGGGGGCUCUGAGCGCCGGCUGCCCCUAGGACUGCGUCCUGGCGCGGGGACUCGCCGCAGGACGGAGCCAUGCGGCGCUGGGCCCGGGCCGUGGUCAUGGCCCUCCUCUGGCUCGCUCUGCUUGGGGGUGUUGGGGCCCGGCGGGAGGCCAAGAGGACGCGGCAGCCCAGCCAGCGCGGGGAUCCCCCCACCGCCACCGCCACUGCGUCUUCCUGCCAGGGAAUGCCGGAGGCCCCUAAGCCCUCCCAGGCCUCAGGACCUGAGCUCUCAGACGUCCGCAGGACAUGGCUGAACUUUGUCCGAUGGCCAGACGCCGGCGCGUUGAGGAAGCGGUGCCGAGGCCGGGACACGAAGCCACGGGGCCUCUUGUGCCCCCCAGGACCUCCAGAUGCAGAAAUGACAGAGACCCUGCUCUGGGAGUUUCAGGAGAUGCUGAAAGCUCAGCCGCCCCGAACUGCCCAGGAGGCCAUGGAGCACCGGUUCUCAGGGCUGCCGGACCCCGUGUGGCCCCCGGGGGUGGGCCCAAGGCUGGUGGGCGAGGCCUCCUGCCGGCUGAAGGGCCCCCGCCGGGUGGACAGGCGGACUCUGGUGGAGCUGGGUGGUUUUCAGGCUCCUGCCACCCAAGGCGCCUUCCUGCAAGGCUCCCGUCUGAGUCUGGCCUCGGGUCGGUUCACGGCACCUGCGUCCGGCAUCUUCCAGUUCUAUGCCUGCCUGCACGUAGACCACAGUGAGCUGCAGGGCAAGGCCCGGCCGCGGGUCUGGGGUGCCGUGCGUGUCGUCUGCCUUGAGUCUCUGUGCCAGCGCCACAGGUCCCUGGAGACCAUCUCAGGCCUGGAGAGCAACAGCAAGGUCUUCACAGCACAGGUGCAGGGUCUGCUGCAGCUGCAGCCUGGACCGUGA